AAGGUCCCCCCUAGCUCUCCCUAUCCCUUACUCCACUUUCUAUAACAGCUCUCAUCACCUACAUUUUUCACCAUGAGCGGCAUCCUUCACAAGAUUAAGGAAAAGGCUACGAGCCUUGGCCAUCAUGGCGAGCAUCACGAGCAGGCACAGCAGCAGCAGCAGCAGCCUCAGCCUCAGCAAGAGCAGCCCCAGCCCCAGCCCCAGCAACAACAGCAGGAGCAGCGCCAGGAAACUGGAGCACCCGGGGAGCAGCAAUUCUCCACUCUGCCCCAUCCUGCUAAGACGAACGAUCCUCGUGACUUGCAGGCUGGCGGAGGUGGGUUCCAGAAGGAUCCUAACAUCGAGGCGUUUCACGCUCACGGACCUUACGUUCCUGACCAGAACGUCGCGAGUAAUCUUGAACAACCCGCGGUGAGUUUUUCGAAUAUCUGCAGUCGGCGGUGGGGUCUUGAUAUUGCGUUGGAAUCGUCAUAGAGCAGCGAAGAGCUUCGGGCUCGUUCCGCUGAACUGAACAAGUAAACUGGGAGUUGAAGCUUUCUCAGAACGGAAGGAAUUGUAUCAAUAUGUAUUGUAAAGGAGGAAUAUUGGAAGGACCUGGACCUUGACGAAUUUAGCGUAUACUUGCUAGGACUGUAAUAUUGACAUGUCGUUUGGCCAAAGGACUUUCGACGUGAUUGCGACUUUGAAUCUCUUCUUGUCUCCAUUCUACGUCGAUGUUAUCCUCACAUCUCCUACGGUGACUGAGAGCUCACAAUUCAAUCUGCUCAGUACGUCACUAGGUC